AUCACUGAGUUUCAUUUAUUGUGGGAUGUUAGCUCCUUAUAUAUCCUUUGGCAUCUUCUUGGAAAUUCUGAAGCUUUGGCUGAAGGGGUUUGAGACAAUAGUUCUUGAUAUCCCUUUGUUAUUUGAGGCAAAGAUGGAAAAGCAGACAAACCCCAUUAUUAUUGUAUGGGUUGAUCCUGAAACUCAGCUUCAGCGACUCUUGUCAAGAGAUGAAACAGCAAAGGAGGAUGCAAGAAAUCGGAUAAAUGCGCAGAUGUCUCUAGACUCGAAAAGGAACAAGGCAGACAUGUUGAUUGAUAACACUGUGUCACUCAAGGAUCUGAAUGAACAGUUCCGGAGGUUAUUGUUCCAAGUUCACAAGGCCUUUGACAUGGACUGAAGUCUGACUUUCAAGGCAGGGAGGCUUGUCGACUCUUGUUUCUGUUGUUUUAAAUCUUUAAUUUCAUCAUGGAGACCUCCUUCAGUUUCGCUCUGCCAUUGAGAAGUUGAGCAAGUGGUCCACAAUCCAUUCCUGAGAUAAGUCUCCUUCCAUGAAUUUGUGUACCGCAUUAAGAUUAUCUUUGCCAUAAGAUUUCAUUUGAUUGCUUCUUUUGAGAUUUGGAUCACUACUGAGACUUUUGAUGAUAAUGAUCCGUUUCCUGUGUAUUACUACUUGUGCAAGGGACAUAAAGCAACAAAGAUUGUGAGUGCCAAGUACUGUCACAAGCCACUUCAACUGUAAAAGCCUGGCAAAACAAGUGGCUUAAAUAAAGUUGAAGAUGGCAA